AUGUACGAUGACUGUGAUGAAAAAAAUGCGGCUCGACAAACUAAUCAAAUGAUAAUGCAAGACCAGGUCGACGUCAUAUUCGGUCCCACUUGCAACAAUCCAACACUAGUCUCAUCAGUUCUCGCCAGCUCCUACAACAUUCCCAUGUUUACAUGGGGUCUCAGCACUUCGUCCGCAAUCCACGACAGUGGACGUUUUCCCACUGUCGGUGUGCUGUCAGUGAGCACGUUCAGUCUCAGUGUCGCAGUGAGAGCGCUUCUGCAUUCAUUCGAAUGGGAUCAGUUCGCAGUGAUUUAUUCAGAUUACGGUUCUAUUGAUACUGCUUGUAGUACCAUGAAGAGUGAUAUAGAGAAUGUGCUGAGCACCGUAGCCAUCAACUACGUUGGUCAUUUGCCAGAUAUAUCAUUUGAAAGUGUCAAAAGAACGAUGGAACAAAUCAAAGAACGUGCAAGAAGUACGGAUCGUGAUUCGCCUUUCUAUUAUUAUUUACUACCAGUGGGGCAAUUAUAG